CGUGAUACUGGCACCUUACUUUGUUCCUCCCUUCCAUCUUUCCUUCGUUCCCUUUCUUCGGAUGUUUAGGAAGCCAAUCGUCUCAUCAAUACCUGAUUUGCUUCCAUAGUGUUACGCGUCAAUCUUGGAUACGGAACAAUUUAAUCGGCAUAAUAUAAAAAUAAAUGCAAAAAAUAAUUGUACCGUCGUGGUUCAACGGCGUGCAACAGCUUUUUUAAACUCCGUAAAUCCGAGUGGGAAAUUCGUAUUCCGAGCCGCUUACAUACAUUCUUCCUUCAGGAUUCAAGUUGCUGUCUUUGGUGAUUCAGCUGUUCCUAAUGCAAUGUCGAGAAAUCUUGAUCUACCCCGGGCCUUUGCCAAUUUGCGUGCAAUACCUGACUUCCGUGGAUUCGCCUCCAGGAACAUGGCCGAUUCUCAAGCCAGUAACAUUAGCAACGGUAACAACAGCAACAAUAACAACCACAACAACAACAACAACAACAACAACCACCCUCGGCUUGAGGAAGAUGAUCAUGAACAGGAAGACCAUAGCCAAGGUCCAGCUAGGAAACGCCAAAGGGUUCGCCUUUCGUGUUUAGAGUGUCGCCGCCGUAAACUUUCAUGCUCCAGAGAACUACCCUGUGAUCGAUGUAUCAAGUCCGGCACACCGGACAAGUGUACAUAUGAGUCAAGACCCGGUUCAACAUCAACAUUGCCAGGAGAAAUGGCUUCCUCGGCUAUUUCAUCUACGCCUACUGUGACCUUUGGAUCUGACAUCCGCCGUUCUUCUGCGAACCCCUCACCGGCCCGACGAGAAGUUGAAUCUUCGGUCCUCAGGGAUGCCGCCCGUGACCAUGAAAGAAUCCGGCGACUCGAGCUUGAGGUUGCUCAGCUGAGAGCUACUUUAUCAAAGCAAAUCUCACUUGACGGUAGCACGAUGGUGGAAUCGCCGUCAACUCUCAAAGAUUCAGCCAAAGACGGCCAGUCUGUGCCCUCAAAUCCUUCCUUCACCCCCCAGAACGUUGAGUCUUCAGAAUAUCACAACCUACGAGGACAUGAUUUCAAAACUAGAUACUUUGGUCCCCAUAACGCUUGGUCAUCCCUCGAGGAACUCACCGGCAUUUUCCACUUUAUGAAGGAGACUGCCGAAGAAUGGCUUAAGCCGCUCAACAUCCAGAAAAAGGACCGUCGGAAAAGAAAGGAGGACCGGGAAAAGAGAUUCGGAGAAUCAGAUAUCAUACUGGAGUCACUUCUCCCUUCCAGAGAUGAGACCGACUCACUCGUUGCCGUCUACAUGGACCAGUUUGAACAGAUCCAUCGCAUCAUCCACAUACCUACUUUCAAGGCCGAGUAUGCGACAUUCUGGGACCCUUCCAAGACAAGAAGUGCCUCAUUCACUGCUCUUGUACUAUCCAUGAUCUCUGUAUCCUGCUGCCUGGACAUGCAAUCUUCCAACAAAUUUGUGGGUGUAAAAUCCAGCUCGACGCAGAUGGCUGAGAAGUGGAUCAAGGCGUGUGAUGAGUGGUAUGAGCAUCAGAGUCAAAAACACCGCAAACUCGUUCACUACCAAAUUUCUUGCUUGUUAUAUCUUGCUAAGAGAGUCAACAUCAUCAAGAAGAAGCGAUACUGGACUACAUCAGGUGGAAUGGUCCGUGAUAGCAUUACUGUGGGACUUCACCAGGACCCCGAUCAUACCCCAGCAAAAAUAUCUCCGUAUAUCUCAGAGAUGCGAAGAAGAUUAUGGGCCACCAUGGUGGAGUUCGAAGUCCAGGCAUCAUUUGAUCAGGGGCUCCCAACACUCUUAAGCUCGGUCCAUAACGAUGCAGACGCUCCUAGAAACAUUGACGAUAGCAGCUUUGACGAAAAUACUCAGGAACUACCAAUUUCGCGCCCGCCGAAUGAAUACACGUCCUCGUCAUACCAGCACAUCGGCCGUCGGAGUCUCGCACUUCGGGUUGAGCUGACCAAGAUACUGACCGGUCCGCCAGUGGAGUUGGAAUGGGAACAGGUCCUUCAAUAUAGUGAUAUGAUCACUAACGAGAUCGAUCGAUUACCAUCGUGGGACCUAGAAAUCAAUAGCGACUCGGAAUCUCCUCAGAAGCCGAUGCUGGCACACACUUUACUACAUAUCCAACUGAGGCAGUAUCUUGUCCCAUUGCACCAACCGUACUUGAAGCUUCGGAAGUUCAGCUCGAAGUACCAGGUAGCGGAACUCAUAUACUACAACGCGGCGCGAGAUAUCGUCGUGAUGCACGACCGAUUAUACCAAAAGGGAAUUCGAACUCUGUAUUUUCUCCGCGAAGAUACCAUGAAUUCUGUCAUUAACCUCUGCAACAUAACACUGCAUCAACCUCGGGGAUCCACGAGCUUGGUCAUGUCAAAUGCCGAAGAAACUCUCAGGCUCGUAGAGAAGUGCAUUGCGAUGAAGGAGGAUCGGAUUUUGAGAUGUGGUAAUAAUGACCCAUGGGGCUAUUCGUCGAUGUGCGCAGCUUUCGGCCUCUUGGAGACGCAUAUGGGCAACAAGACAUCAGAAGCUGCUAAGGCGGCAGCGGCCGAACGGUUCAUCAGUUUGCACUACAAGCUGCUCGCAUUCCAGAUUCCACCCUAUUCCAACCAACCGCCGCAAUCUCAUACCACUACACCGCAGAUAGCUCAAGACCCAAUUAGCCGACCCAAGGUUCGUCUCCCCCCUAUUAUUUUCCAUUGUUUUGCUAAUGAUCAUCCAAGUCGACCACACCCUUCCCCAUGGAUGCAACACCUACAAUGUCGAUGGCAACUUCGCCAUAUCACCAGCGUGACGGCUUGUCGUCUUUGACAAUGCCGUGGAUAUUACCUUCGUCGUCGGAUUCUAACCCAAUUUCCGGCUCGAAUCCAGAAUUCAAUUUCGACAUGCUUGGCUCCGAUCUCAACGACCUAUGGGGAGAUUGGGGCACGGGAGAAUUCCCCUAAAACAUCUCGUCUC